UGAUUUUCUUACCAUUUAGCUUUUGCCUUCUGCUCUUAUCUAUGGUGAGCUUGGUGUUGUUUUUAAGCCUAGCGGUAACUUGGACGCAACAAAAGAAUUUACAACCCCUUCCUUCAUCAGUGAGUCUGAUCCGUCUCUACGACAACAGGGCAUAAACAAAUGGGGUAUCAUUGUCCCAGUUGAAGCCAUUCAGAUGCCACAUACAGCAGUGCCAAGUCCAGAACUGAUGGGUAAAUAAACUUCAUAUUUGAAGUGACCUUGGCUUCUACCAUGCCCACCAAAUCCAAAUCUCGCAGUUCUGGUCCCGCAAAGAAGACUGGGGCUCCAAAAAUUCCCAAAAAGAGGUCACCCAGUGCCAAAUCCGCCCAGACAGAGGUGGACCUCCUCGGCCCAGCAGCCAUGGAGAACAUCUACUACAUUUCCCACAAUGCGGUGGACUGUCUGCAGUUCAGAGGCUUUGGAUGGCCAAAUUCAAAUAAAAAGAAAAACUAUGGAAUGCCGUUCAAGACAAAGUAACUAAAUAAAUAUGCUUACUAAAUAAAUAAAUGAGGCAAUAAAUAUAUAUAAAUGUAUGUGUGUAUAUAAAAACAGCCCAUGUAAACCAAAUAUUUACUGCUAGAACCAGUGCAAUGCAGAUAUAGAAAUGUAUGGAUUUUCUUUUUUCUAAAAGCAAAAAAUGUGCCAGUCCAACUUUACUUCAUUCAGGAGGCAAAAACUUCUUAACAGCAAUUUUAUUGUAAACUGAUUCAGAUUCAUGAAUGUGAAGAUUUGGCAGUUAUUGUCACACUACAAGCUUGCUCAAGGAAAACCUUUGCUUUUGUGGAAUACAACAGAAGAGAACAACUGAAUGCCCUAUUAAAAUUCACUUUAAAAGAACAUUGUGUACACCUAAUGUGAAUAUAAUGAAUGUUACGUGCAAGGAAUAACCAGAGUGCAUCAUAGAAAAGGCAACAGUGCCAUAACACUGGACCUAAAGUGUUCCCACUAGGCAGUUGUUAUAUUCUCUAAAUCCAGUUUUUGUACGAUUUAUCUUAUAAAAAUAGGCUACAAUGAGAACAUGGCUAUAAAACUAAGGUUAGAAACAAGUGUGGUUCCAGGCACUCUUAAUAUUCUUAUACACAUUUUACAUUAUCAAUGAAAUGUACACUCAUUGUAACAUAGCCAUGUAAAAUAAAUAGUUUCUCUCCAGGGUUGCAUCUGCUUGCUUUGCAUCAUGGUCCCGAUGCUCACUCUGGGGGCUUCUUCUUGGCCUCCACAUCUUUUUUGAAGGCUUCGAUUUUCUUGGCUAUGUU